AUGGGAAGCGCAAAAAGUGUGCCGAGAAAGAUAACGAUAGAUAAUCCGGAAGAUGCGACCAUCAUCAAAGUGACCGAGAACGUCGUAGAACGCUUGCAAGACAUGAAAACACCGAAGACGCCGACUGCGACCGCGACCAGCGAUCAAUCUCCGUUGCCACCAAAGUCGCUCUCGUCUGCGUCUGCCGACAACGUAACAACGGCGGCGACCGUUUACGUCACUUCGCAUCAAAUACGAAAUCAAAUCGACGCGGCGAUCGAUAACAAUAACGCGUAUUGGGAAAAUCGGGUGAAAGCGCUUCGCGAAGGCUACAGCCGGAUAAACGCCGAACUGAAAAACGAAUACGAUAGAGCUCUGGUCGAAGUCAAGCAGUCGUGGGGAAAACCGUACACGGUCAACGAGAAAGAUGAUACGCAAUCUUGCAAAAACACCCAACAGGAAGUGAUAAAAUGCUACAAUUCGAACCGAGAUCGAUCGCUCUUGUGCUACGAACAAGUGAAACAUUUCAAUCAGUGCGUUUCUAAUCAAACUAGCGUUUUGUUGAAAGCCAACUAGUUGGCACGCGGCAUUAUUCCUUAAGAUAUUUUUGUAAGUAGGUGUAAUCGUUUCAUGUAGCUAAUUACAUAUUACUUUUUCUUUCCGUCUUGCGAAAAAAUAAAAAGGUGUAUCUAUCCUAGGUGUCAAAAGAUAUUGUUACGAAUCAACGUUGUAAAACGAUUCAAAUUCAAAUAAAUGUAUAAUAAUAUCGUC